AUGACAGAAGAGAGCAGGUUCUGCAAAAAUUGUAAACGAGAUGUGUCUGCUGCCAAUUUCUCCCUCCAUGAGGCCCACUGCUUGCGGUUUCUCACUCUCUGUCCAGAAUGUGAUGAACCAGUUGCCCAAAAGGAUAUGAAAGACCAUCAAACAGAAGCACACAAGCAGGUCAGAUGUAAUCUUUGUCACCAAAGCAUGCAGCAAUACCAACUGGAGCAUCAUGAGACCAAGGAAUGCCACAAACGAGCAACGAAAUGCAAGAUCUGUGAGCUUGAAAUGCCCUUCAACAAGCUGGAGGAACACUGGAACACCUGUGCCAGCCGAACAGAGAGGUGUUGGGAGUGUAACAAAUACAUCAUGUACAAAGACCAGAACAAACACAAAGAUACUUGUCAGAACAGUGGUCUGUCCUGUCAUAAGGAUGUGAAUUUUCAAACCAGCAAAGCAUCUACUAAUGCAACAUUUAUUUGCCCCACUGGUACUGGUGGCAACCUUUGUCAGAAGUGCAAUAAGUUGUUCCCAGAUGACCAGUACUCCCAACAUCUGGAUAAAUGCAGCACGGUCCAUAAGCUGACAAAAGUUCUUGCUGGCCAGUCAACUUCAAAACUCAGCAGUGAUCCACCACAGUCUUCUUCCUCCCUGGCUCCUUCCAGCUCCCAGAAUGCAAUGGCAUGGAAAGAUGUCCGACCCAAAGGGAAAGAAAGGGACCAGCCAUUGACCUCCAAAACCUUGCUUAAACCCCCAAAGAACAAAAAGAUUGCCUCUCCCUCUCUCACAAGAGGCGGACUUUCCACAUCACCUCAAGCUCUGAAAGACACCCAGUCUUUUGACAUGCUGGUAACCUGUGCCCAUUGCAACAUUAUUCUGCCACUUCCAACCCUUCAGAAACAUGAGAUCAAAUGUCAUCGUUUGAGAUCUCUGAAAAAUGCUAGGAUGAAACAAAAAUCAAGCCGUGGAGAAAAAG